GUUCCUUUUUCACGGUUGCAAUUGCAUAGGGAUUUUUCAAAUGUGCAUUUAAGAGUGAGAUCCUCUCCUUUUCGGAUUGUAAAAUGGGAGGAUUAGACACACUACGAGAAUUUAGUUUGCUGAGAUGGCUCAGAGAGGGAAGGCAAUCGAGGAGGCUGAUUCUGUUGAUCGUUUUCAUCGCGUUGCUCCUGGAUAACAUGCUGCUCACCGUAGUCGUUCCCAUCAUUCCCAGUUACCUUUACACGGUCGAUGACCAGGCGAUCACCACCCGGAACCACACACCCUCCCCGCACCCGCCUGUCGGUACUUUCCAAACCAUCGUGUCCCUCUACGACAACUCCACCAGGGUGGUCAGCGGCGCCCCGGGGGUCACCACACCGAGGCCACUCGCUCAGACGAUCCCGCCGUCCCCGCUGGCACCGGGGAACACCAGCAAAGUGGACACCGACUGCCCCAAGGGCAAUCAGGAGCUGCUGAACGAAAAUGUCAAGGUGGGGCUGCUCUUCGCCUCCAAGGCCACCGUGCAGCUGCUAACCAACCCUUUCAUUGGACCCCUCACCAACAGAAUAGGAUACCAGAUUCCCAUGUUCGCUGGGUUCUGCAUUAUGUUUGUCUCCACUAUCAUGUUUGCUUUCUCAGAGAGCUACACCCUGCUGUUUCUGGCCCGAUCUCUUCAAGGCGUCGGAUCCUCCUGUUCUUCUGUUGCUGGCAUGGGGAUGCUGGCUAGUGUCUACACGGAUGAUGAGGAACGAGGGAACGCCAUCGGGAUAGCGCUGGGUGGACUUGCCAUGGGAGUGCUGGUUGGGCCGCCGUUUGGAAGCGUGAUGUAUGAGUUUGUGGGAAAGACAGCCCCUUUCCUCAUACUGGCUGUACUUGCUGUACUAGAUGGGGCACUCCAACUCUUUGUUCUCCAGCCCUCAAAAGUGGAACCAGAGAGCCAAAAGGGGACUUCACUGCUGACACUCAUGAGGGAUCCAUACAUACUCAUUGCUGCAGGGUCCAUUUGUUUUGCAAACAUGGCGAUCGCCAUGCUGGAGCCAGCUUUGCCGAUCUGGAUGAUGGAGACUAUGUGCUCAAGAAAAUGGCAGCUAGGCGUCGCCUUUGUGCCAGCCAGCAUCUCCUACCUUAUUGGAACCAACAUCUUCGGCGUUCUCGCACACAAAAUGGGAAGAUGGCUGUGUUCUUUAAUCGGGAUGCUUCUCGUGGGGAUAAGCAUUCUCUGUGUUCCCUUUGCCAAAAGCAUCUAUGGACUGAUUGCACCAAAUUUCGGUGUUGGUUUUGCCAUCGGCAUGGUGGAUUCUUCUAUGAUGCCAAUAAUGGGUUACCUGGUGGAUCUGCGACAUGUGUCUGUUUAUGGAAGCGUGUAUGCCAUUGCAGACGUGGCUUUCUGCAUGGGCUUCGCCUUAGGCCCAUCGGCCGGGGGAGCCAUUGCCAGGAGCAUUGGAUUUCCGUGGCUGAUGACCAUCAUCGGCGUGGUGGACAUCCUCUUCGCCCCUCUCUGUUUCUUCCUCAGGAGUCCACCUGGAAAGGAGGAGAAAAUGGCUAUUCUAAUGGAUCACAACUGUCCUGUGAAGACCCGAAUGUACAACACUCAGGACAGCCAGCACUACCAGAUGGGUGACGACAUGGAGACGGAGAGCGACGAGUAGCCACAGGACAUGUACGUGACCUUCCAGAGUAUCUAUUUUCUCGUACAAAAAAAAAUCAAACAAACAAAAAAAGUAAAAAAAAAAUGGAGCUGUUUUCCGUGUAAAGGUCCCACCGAGUCAGUUUCCCCUCUGUGUCGUGUCAUGAUGUCGUACUGCUGAAAGUGAACCAAAGUCAUCCCUGUCGCCAGUCAUCACAAGCCACCAGCCUUACCCCACUGGAGCGUGCAAGCUUGGGCCACCACAGCCGGUCGUACAGUAGGGGCCGGGUGGGGGGGAGGGGGCGUCGUGAGAUGGCUGUGUUCGGAACGUUUGCGGAUGAGUUCAGCUCACGGGGCUCCUUCUCCUGUUAAAGCCUCCCUGGGUCCCUUCAGGACCAGAGGCGUCUUAGUCAGAAGACGAAGCAUAAAAUAAAAAAACAAAAUGGCCACGCUUUGGUUAAUAGACGCAUUGAAAUUUGUGUAGUUUACAGCCACAGCCGUGUUUGGAAAAGAACAAACUGUAACCAUCUGUUUGAGUCCCUUUGAUGUUCCUUUUGAAAGGGCCACCCUUUUGAUCAGGCACUUUAAACUCAUUCAGUGAAGGCACUGCGCAGUUUCACGUCACACUACCGGCUGAUUACCAUUGGAGAGGUACUGUAAUCUAAAGAGGUGAUUAUUUUUAUGCUUUAUUAUGUGUACUGUAGAGCACUGUGGAUUUUUACGUUGUAUGGAAAAGGUUUUGUGUAAACGUGAUAUAUCACAUCAUACAGUGCAUUUAACAGUAUGUGUGUGGGUAAGAAAACUGUUGAUAUACAGUAUAUAUAUAUUUUUUUUAUUUGAUUGCGUCGUAAGUGGCAAAAUCAUACUGUCAUAUCUUACCGUGAAAUAGGCCUUAAACAUUCUCUAUAAUUUCCAGGAUGAGGAGAGAUUUUUUAUGAUGGAUUUAUGUUGGGUUUUGUAAUGAUUUAAUAAUUGUCAGGAAAAAAAGUUUUGUUUGAGUAAAGAUGGCAUUAUAGACCAUUUUUGCAAGGUCUGGCUUAUCCAUGAUGAUCACAGAUAUCACUGUUUGAAUGUCGAAUGGCAUUGUUUGCAAACUUCUUUGGACUAUUUGUGUGUAUGGUAUUUAGCCAUAUUUAAUUUCCUUUGUACGGCUGUUGAGCUUGUAGACAUCCUCUGUAUUCCCAUGUAAAUAUAUUACCUCUGCAAAACUGUUUUCAUUUUCUCUAUUCAUGACCAUCAGAAAAACUAUGGAAUACCUUGAAUCAGCUUUAACA